UUGAGCUUCCGGAGCUGAGUGCCGCUGCUCGGCGCUGGAGUCGCCGUGCCGCCGCCGGGAUCAUGGUGUUCUACUUCACCAGCAGCAGCGUUAACUCAUCUGCUUACACUAUUUACAUGGGAAAGGAUAAAUAUGAAAAUGAAGAUCUGAUAAAGUAUGGCUGGCCUGAAGAUAUUUGGUUUCAUGUGGACAAACUCUCUUCGGCUCAUGUAUACCUUCGAUUACAUAAGGGGGAGAAAAUAGAAGAUAUUCCAAAGGAAGUACUGAUGGACUGUGCCCAUCUUGUGAAGGCCAAUAGCAUUCAAGGCUGCAAGAUGAACAACGUCAAUGUGGUUUAUACCCCUUGGUCUAACCUGAAGAAAACGGCCGACAUGGAUGUGGGACAGAUAGGCUUUCACAGGCAGAAGGACGUAAGUGUGAAAAUUGUGACAGUAGAGAAGAAAGUGAAUGAGAUCCUGAACCGAUUGGAAAAGACCAAAAUGGAGCGGUUCCCAGACCUAGAGGCAGAGAAAGAAUGCAGAGACCGUGAAGAGAGGAAUGAGAAGAAAGCCCAGAUUCAGGAAAUGAAAAGGAAAGAAAAGGAAGAGAUGAAGAAGAAGAGGGAGAUGGACGAACUUAGGAGCUAUUCGUCACUAAUGAAAGUUGAGAAUAUGUCUUCAAAUCAGGACGGCAAUGAUUCAGAUGAAUUCAUGUGAAUGGAGAAAAGGACCUUUUAAAGAUGUGAAUUUAGGGACAGUUGCAGAAGUUUUGAUUUCAUCUGUGUUCUGAGUCAUAAACAACAACCAACCAAAAUAAUAUUCUACAAAUAUUACCAACUUUGGAGUUAAAAAAAAUUGUUCCCUUUUCUGCUCUCAGAAAAGGAGCAGAUAAAUACACACACACACACACACACACACGUAUACAAGAUAGUUGGACUUGAAGACAGCAUAUAACUUUAGGAAAGUGAAAAUAUUUUUGCCAGAGCAUGUCCUGGUACCUCAUGAAGGUUGGCUGCCCUUGUUCUUGGAAUGUUCCCCUCACCCUUGAUUUCCUGAUAGGAAAAAAAAAAGCAUGGGUUUUGAAGGUGAUAGUGAUAUUUUCAGAAGGUUGCUGGCUUCAAUGGUCAUGUCCCAUUGUGCCAUCUGAGUCUGUUAGCAGAGCUGCCCUCAGCUCUCAGCUUGUCCAAGCUUCCACGUGCUACAUCCUUCCUUUUCCCAUUGAGAGCCUCCAUCCAGGUACCAUCAGACUUAAAUAAAUAGUUGGUGUUAAUCAAGGUUGGGCCUUAUGGCGGAUUUUACCUGAGCACCAAGUAACCCCAGCUGCGUAUAUUAAACUUCAGGCUCCAGAGUCAUUUCUCAGCACUGAGGGGAGAAAUAGGAAAGGAUGCUCUGUGAAUCAUUUUGAAGAUGUAGGUUACCUGAUUUUUGUCUUGGGAUGUAGCAUAAAGCACAAGUCUACUUGGCAGUUAUGGUUUUAGAAAGAAUUAAGCAUUUCACUAACCAGCCAAGUAGUUUAUUUACCUUGAAAUAAUAUUUAUUUUGAGUUAGAACCCCAGAGUUCAGAUUUCUCAAUUGUAGACUCAGUAACUUAAUAUGUAGCAGUCCUACCCAUCUGCACCACCUGCCCUCCAGGAUGAUUCUGAAUAGAAGAUAUAUUUUUAUUAUAGCCUGCAAGGCAACCCGUGUGGCAAGAGACAAGACAAGACAAUGAAAGGGGAAGGCACAAAGCCUGCAGGUCAGAAGGCAUGCAGAUGCACAUUUUAACCACACGCAGAGUCUGCAGCUGUAUUCUAACCCAGCAAAAAUAUCUCCUCCAACAGAUAUUCCACCUGUAACAGCACUUUGGAGUGGCGGGUAAAACCACAAGACUUCAGGGUUUCUGUUUAUCCCAAGUUGGUGUAUGGGGUUGAACUGGAAGAUUUCCUGAGACAUAACUCGGCCAAAUUGUGAGAAGGGGUGUGGGAGAUGACUCCAGAAAUUUGUGAUUGUGUGUGUAUAUAUGUCCAGUCAUUUUCAGCCUGGAGUUGUGAGAUGGAAAUGUAAUAAUAAAGACUCAUUUUUUUAUUUGGGA